UAAACAGAUUCUUCAGUCUACCGUCGGCACGAGCCUAUCGGGUACCGAUUUUGUCACGGAGAAAGAACCACUUUUAGCCUCUUUCUAGUACCGAUCAAAUUGCUUCUCGAUCGAAUGUGGUGCGGAGGUGCUAAAAAGACCCAGUGACGUUUUUAGGUAGUUUGUUCUUUUGGUGAUGGGUACCUCUGGUACUGAUUGUAUUUGUCGUUAAUAGGACCCACAUUGAUCUGGAAGUUUUCCCUCUACUUUAAAACUUCAAGUUUCCAACAUCAAAUCGUCUAUUGACCGGUACUACCAUUAUGAAAAACUCUCCGUGGAACUACUUUGUAUUAUGUUUCCUCUACUGUAACGUGUUCCAAAUGACACUUGCGGAUGUAAGCGAAAGAAGUGGAAUAACCAGAACUAGAGAAGCAAGAAAAUUAUUUGGUGGAUAUCGGAUAACACCGAAAUUUUGCAAAGCGACCAAAACGCCUGUAAAUCCACCYGGUGGCCCAAAUGUUUGCAUGUUCAACCAUGAAUGCGCCCAAAGAAAUGGACAGGUAGUUGGAGCCUGCAUGGAUGGCUUUUUAUUUGGUGCUUGYUGUCAGCUCUCAAAGGAUGAGAUGAUAGGAGACUUUUUGRCACAAGAUUAUCCUGGCAUAACGACGUUAGACAAUAAAUUAUACACAAUAAUGUCAACAACCCACAGAACAACACCCGUAUUCGAUAUUACAUCUAAUGGCGUUUCCCAGAUUGCGGCUUCGUUGUUAGGCGGACACCCACCAUUUUCCGGUGACGAUGGUCAAGGUGUUUUACCAACUGGAAGUGAUAAUGGUGCCCACAUUGACACACAUUUAGAUUCAAAUUGGGCCACAACACUGAGUGAUGAGGAUAAUGAAAUUAUAUCCAACUCCUUCAGCUCAUCAAACAGACCCACUGACAAUAAACUAACCACUCUUUAUGGAGACGAGCAAACUACAAUGCGAUAUGCAGAAACAUUUGCACCCAUCUUGCAUUCUUCGGUACCGAAUCCAGGGCUAAUUUACACUCCAGUGCCCACUUUACAGCAACCGAUGUUCCGACCGAAACCUACAGAUGACAAAUACGUCUUAAUACCAACGUUAAGUCACGACAAAGCAAACCAAACUGAUGAAAUUCAAGAUGCUAUUAAUGCAAUCAAUUCACUAAGCCCAUCUUCUACUAAUCAUCCAUUGACUACGUUCUCAUUUGUAAGCUCCAGUGCUGCACCAACUAGAAAGCAACCAACAACUUCAAGAAAGCCGCCAUCAACUUCAUACGUAUUCAGCACCACUAUACCCCCACGAAGAACCGAGUCAACGACAGCGCGAAAACCCACACGAAAACCUGUAAAAUCCACGUACAAACCCAAUAGAUACUCAACAACAACGCCAAAACCUCCCAGUACAUCAUACGUGUACAGCAGCACCUUUAAACCGACACCUCGACCAAAUUCUGCCAUUUCAACAAGUAGCUCUAAACCUCCGUCAACUAGCUACGUUUACAGCUCAACAUUUAAGCCUACAAAAGCUCCCAGGCCUCCCAGCACUUCCUAUUUGGACAGUUCGACCUUUAGACCAAGUACUUUGGCACAUUCUACAUUCGCAAACUCACCAGAAGCUUUUCCUGAGUCGCAAAGCACACCGUCGUAUUUGUAUUCCUCAAGUUCCUCAAGUUCUUCAUACUUGCCUUCAACUAUGACUUCCAAUAUAGUAGGACCUGGAUUUACCGUAACAUCAGAACCAGUUGGCCAAUAUUCGCCUUUUCCAAGUCCUGCUCCUACGGUGAUUGUCUUAGGACCGGUGAGUGAUGAAAAAGAUGAUGUGCAGCUAAUUGCUACCUCCAGUGGAAAACCCAUUGGUCAAGGCCCUAAUUACGAAAGCAGCACUACCACCACUAAUAGACCUGCACAAUCGGGUUCUUUCCCUCAGCGGAAGCCCAUAAACCAUGUUACUAUUAACAAUCAUGUUACCCAGAAUAUCUACAGCACUCAAAGACCUCAGACUAGUAGCAGCCAAAACUUACCAUCACCAACAGUGAUUAUUACUCCCAAGCCCACCAUUUCUUCCUCAUCAUCCCCUAUUCAAGAAGAAGACUUGGAAAGUGUGGUAGUAACAUCGCCUAACGACCAAAUCAACUUCCCACCGGACCGCAAUCCGAACCUCAACAUUUCCCAUCCAGUGUUCAGCGAUGAAGACAUCACAACCCCAACUUUGAUUGAAGAUGAAGCGAUGAAUGAGAAAGUGGAAUUAUUCGUUAACCAAAUAAUUUACGGCUUACAAGAACCAUUCAACGAUCUGAAUGACAUUGUUUAUAACAAGCCAUCGAACGCAACAGCGCGUCCUACAGUUAACAGCUUGACUACGAAGAAGCCGGUGAAAAAACAAGGCACCACCACAAAGAAACCUUCGUCCAAGCCGAGCAAUGUCAAGACUACUACCAGAAGGCCGGUUAGUACACGAAGACCUGCUAUUUCCAUAAGCGCAGCCAGCACUACCACAAAGAGACCGAAUACGACCAAAAAAGUUGCUACUACUUUAUCGAGCUACAUAGAAACAGAGACGGACCCGGAAACGCAGCAGAGUUAUCGGGAUCAAUGUGGAGUUAGACCUCUAGUAAGAGCAGGGCGAAUAGUUGGAGGAAGAGGAGCAGUGUUUGGAGAAUUUCCCUGGCAAGCUUUGGUGAGAGAAUCGACGUGGCUGGGACUGUUCACCAAGAACAAAUGCGGAGGAGUGUUGAUCAGCGAUAAAUACGUUAUAACAGCGGCGCAUUGCCAGCCAGGAUUUCUGGCAUCCUUAGUUGCAGUUUUCGGGGAAUAUGAUAUCUCCGGAGACCUGGAAACUCGGAAGCCAAUUAGCAGGAAUGUUAAAAGGGUGAUUGUGCACAGGAAGUUCCUAUAUGUUUGCCUCCCGACAAUGCUGACUACACGAAACAAAUGGCAACUGUAACAGGAUGGGGAAGGCUUAAAUAUGGAGGAGGCGUACCAUCAGUACUGCAAGAAGUUCAGGUGCCCAUUAUGGAAAAUCAUGUUUGUCAGGAUAUGUUCAGAACUGCUGGACAUUCUAAAGUCAUACUGGAUUCAUUUUUGUGCGCUGGAUAUGCAAAUGGACAGAAAGAUGCAUGUGAGGGUGACUCUGGAGGACCUCUUGUGGUCCAAAGACCUGACGGAAGAUACGAAUUAGCCGGAACGGUUUCCCAUGGAAUCAAAUGCGCGGCUCCCUAUUUGCCCGGGGUUUACAUGAGAACAACAUACUAUAAACCGUGGAUAACUAGCAUAACAGGAAUAGAAUAAUUUAAAAGAUAAUUCUCGAGAUUCGUAAAACUAUGUUGACAGAUUUUGGACAAUUUUUUGAUCUUACAGAUUACGAAGAAAAGUUCAGAUGUAAUGGUUGAACUGUAUUCGAAAUAUGUAUUGCAGAUGAAAACAUGGCUCUGGAAAAUUGCCUUGUCUAGUCAAUAAUGUAUUUGCAAAAUCUGCCAAAAUAUACGAAUUUUAGGUACUUAAAAUGCAGAACUUUCUAUGAUGUACAGUUUUCAAUUGUUAAAAGCUUUUGGUUCAAUUCAAUUCGAGCAUUACAUUUGCUUUUACAUAUAAAAAUCUUCCACAAUCAUCAUUUUGGUAUUCUGAAAUUCAAAAUAUAUUUUCCUCAAGUUAAUUUUCAGCGUAAGCGUUUGAUGUACUCAAAUGAAAAUUAAAUGAAUGGUAUCAUAAUGUGCCACUUGGAAAAUGAAGAACUGAAAGUUAAAGGCGAUAAACAACAACGAUUGAAAACAAACUAAAAAAAUUACGUUCAAUUGAAUAUACUGUCUUCUAUUUGCCAUGAACCUUUUGAAUGUUCAAAGCAAUCGCGACGAAAGUGUAACCAUUACUAAAGUGCAUCUGAUUGUAUUUUAGAUGGGUCUCGCUCUCGUUACUCUCAAUUUUACCGUCCUACUUAUCAUUGUGCUAGUACUUUCAAACUUACAAAAGAAUGCAAUAACAAGCACUGAUCCUCUUCAAAUCGACAUAAAUCAUAAAACUAAUGUUUUCAUGUCAUGUACCGAUCAAUAUCUGGCGAUAGGUUUUCAAAAUCGAAAGGUGUUUCCCUCAACUUUAACUGGAUGAACUUUGACGAAAGACUUAAUUAUAUUUUAAUGUAUAUGAAAGAAGGAUUUAUAUCUUCUUUAAAGGUAUUUUUGAUAAUACAUAGACGAUAUAGACCUUACAUCGUAUUUAAAUAUAGAAUUAUAUUGUAAUAAAUGUAAAUUAUUAAUUUA